CCUGUUCAGCCGGUGUAUCUGGAUACAAAGUCUGCUUGAACUGACAGUCCGAUCCAUGGACACGCAAUACACGGGCUGUGCUUGACAGCAAGAGAAAUACAAUAAGGAGACGUUCGGAUCAGACUGCGGAAGAGGAAAGAGGCCUGAUUCCGGUACAGGAAUGAAAAAUAAAGCGUCAUAAUGUCACGCCCGAGGCUGCUGUACUGAUGAUGGACUGGAAAAGAAACCCAGCAACCAUAAACAUGGAUAUAUGGAUUAACAUAAUACUGGCUUUUAACCCGAGGAUUGUGGAUUACAAAUAAAACAACAGGAGGUUGUUUAUUAUUAUUAUUAUUAUUAUUAUUAUUAUUAUUAUUAUUAUUAUUAUUAUUAUUAUAAGAUGGUGGAAGGAUGCGUCGGUUUGCAGCUUCUCUAUCAUCAUCAUCACCAUCAUCAGGUCAGAUUUCAUCAUCCUCGACCUAUUACAUGGAAUCAGAAGCGCAAUAAUUUCACAUUCGAGCGAUAUUAAUAGCCCCCCAAGAGCGAUACACCACGUACAAGUGGCUACUUCUAUAGAACAGUAAUAUGCCUCUUUAGAAAUAACUGCAUGGUGACAAUAAGGACAGCCAUGCCACGAUGAAAAAGAGGACAUGGUCUAUGCAGGCAUCUAUGCAGUUCAUAUGCAAGAUAAAUAAGGUGGAGUUGUGUAGAGGGUUGGAAAACUGCAUGAUGCUUCCCUGGCUUGAAUGUGGAUGGACCUGCAGCCUAUUUACAUAAACAGGUAAAUGAAUUAAUGCCCGACCUGUAGACUCUUAACUCUAGCUGUGGACCCAAAGCAACGAAAUGGACUUUAAAAUGGUUUACAUGAUCAUGACUUAGACUUGAGCCUUUAAGGAUGUGCAGAAUGGAAGCAUACAAGAAUGACCGUCUAAUAAGAAGGAAGGAGAAGGUGCUGUAUGUGAUCUGAGAUAGUCAUAGUAGGAUUAAAAUCCAUAUAAUCGCAUACCUUGGUUGCUUGUGAUUGGUAUGUAUGAGCAGAAUGAAUGACUGCGUUAAUGAGGAAAGCAUAUCAUAUCAUGUCAAGUAAUAGGAUAGACGAGAUGCACGAAAUGCAGGCCCUGUGAUGUUCCCCAGCUCCAGUGGAAACCAAGAAAACCCAUUUCAUGCAUCCUUGGUGCUGAAUGAAGCGCCCAAACUCCUAGAUGAUCAUUUAUAAUUUUCCUCGCCAUUCGUCUGACUCAAAACACAUGACUUCAUGCUAUUUAAUUUGAACCUUUGAAAAUGAAGUCACAGUGUUUUCAGACACCUGUUUGAAAGUGCCUUUAUAAAUGCAAGUACACAGAGACUGUAAUUCUGCUCAAAUAUAGCAUUUCAGCACAUAAGAGUAGUGCUUUGGCACUUCAGUUGAUUAAGUCAUCCCUCCAGUUAAAAAGGCCUGAAUUUGGUUGAUGUGUUCUGCAUGGAUUUUGUGCAUGAGUUGACCGAGGUUCUCCCCCAGCUAUUGAAACCCCACCGCUGACUCGGUUAGUUUGGAGAUGGACCCAAAUUCGGCAUUAAGCAGUAUGGGUAGUGGAGGAAAUGCCACCCCACUACCCUGCACUGGGUGUGGAGGUUCCUGUGGAGCACCACCCCCCUCCAUCGUGCUACCAAACACGAAUCAGAGUCCCUGCCUCACUCAUGCAGAGAACGGCAGCAGCUGGAACUCCUCCACCCUGUCGUCCUUGGGCAGCUCCCCUGAAUCUCACAUCCACCAGCAUCGCGGAGCCUCCAACCCCUACUGGACGGCCGUAUUUGACUAUGAAGCAGCGACUGAGGAGGAGUUGACCCUAAGGCGCGGGGAUCUACUGGAGGUGCUUUCCAAGGAUUCAAAGGUGUCUGGAGAUGAAGGCUGGUGGACUGGUAAGAUCCAAGACAAGGUGGGCAUCUUCCCCAGCAACUAUGUGACGCGAAGUGACACCACGCUGCCCACUGGAGGUUUACUGGUGGGUGGUGAUAGUCCUCUGGAGAUCGACUUCUCAGAGCUGUUCCUGGACGAGGUUAUAGGAGCAGGAGGCUUUGGGAAAGUGUAUAAAGGCUUGUGGAGGGACGAGGAGGUGGCUGUGAAAGCAGCACGCCAGGACCCCGAUGAGGACAUCAGCGCCACGGCGGAGAGUGUUCGGCAGGAGGCACGCCUCUUCUGGAUGCUCAGGCACCCCAACAUCAUUGCACUGAAGGGCGUCUGCUUAAAAGAGCCUAACCUUUGCUUGGUAAUGGAAUACGCUCGUGGCGGGGCACUAAACCGGGCACUCGCGGGGAAGAAGGUUCCUCCCCGGGUUCUGGUUAACUGGGCAGUGCAGAUUGCUACUGGCAUGGACUACCUGCACAACCAGACCUUCGUGCCUGUUAUCCACAGGGAUUUGAAGUCCAAUAACAUUCUUAUUCUGGAGCCAGUGGAGCGGGAUGACCUGAGUGGUAAGACGCUAAAGAUCACAGACUUUGGAUUGGCACGGGAGUGGCAUCGCACCACAAAGAUGAGUGCAGCGGGCACCUAUGCCUGGAUGGCUCCAGAGGUCAUUAAACUGUCGCUCUUCUCUAAAAGCAGCGAUGUGUGGAGUUUUGGGGUACUUCUUUGGGAGUUGCUGACUGGUGAAGUGCCGUAUCGAGAGAUUGAUGCCUUGGCUGUGGCCUAUGGAGUCGCUAUGAACAAACUGACCCUCCCUAUUCCCUCCACCUGCCCUGAGGCCUUUGCUCAACUGUUGGGAGAGUGCUGGAGCCCGAACCCUCACAGUCGUCCCUCAUUUAGUAGUAUACUGCAAAGGUUGUUGGCCAUCGAGCAGUCCUCCAUGUUCCAGAUGCCACUGGAGUCUUUCCAUUCACUGCAGGAGGACUGGAGGCUGGAGAUCCAGCAGAUGUUUGAUGAGCUGAGGGCCAAAGAGAAGGAGCUGCGUUCCUGGGAGGAGGAGCUGGCUCGGGCUGCAGAGGAACAGAGGACGCAGGAGGAGGUGUUGAAGAGACGAGAGCAAGAGUUAGCAGAGCGGGAGAUCGACAUCGUGGAGAGAGAGCUGAACAUCAUUAUCCAUCAGAUGUACCAGGAGAAACCACACGUGAAAAAGCGCAAGGGCCACUUCAAGAAGAGCCGGCUCCUGAAACUGGGCCGAGACAGCAACUGUAUCAGCCUGCCCUCUGAUUUUGAGCAUAAGAUCACAGUGAAGGCCUCUCCCAGUAUGGAUAAGAGGAAAAGUCAGGGCAGUGAGAGCACCACUCCACCAGCCAGUCCGGGAGUUAUACCUCGCCUCAGAGCCAUUCGAUUGACCCCGAGUGAUGGGAGGAACACUUGGGGGCGUACAGCAGUGUGUAAGAAAGAAGACCUGGCAGGGGCAAAAAAGAAGGGCCGCACCUGGGGUCCCAGCUCCACCCACCAGCGGGAGCGUGUUGGAGGAGAAGACAGGUUGAAGUCACUUGGAGAGGGGAAGGUGUGGUCCUCCAGUGCUCCUAAUCUUGGCAAGUCCCCCAAACAUGUCCCUAUAACUGGUGGCUUCUCCAGUCUCAAUGAGAUGGAGGAACAGUCUGAGCUCGAGGAGCGAUUGGCUCCGGAGGGCAGUAGCAACGGGGCAGCGGAGGAUGCCAGUCACACAUGGACAGGUGUAGGGCCUGGAGUGGGUUCCCAGGAUCCUUUGCGGCGCUGCAAUCAGAGGAAGAAGAGUGACAUGGUACUGCUGGGCUGUGCCUCAAUCUUGGCUGCCGUGGGCUUCGGCUCAGACCUGCUCCAGCUGGGACGAUUGCAGGUGAGUCAGGACGAACAUGAUGCACGAGAGGAGCAAAGAAAAAAGAAGGAAGGUCUGUUUCAGCGCACGGGCAGAUUCCGGCGCAGCACAUCUCCCCCAAGCCGUACGCUGUCCCUGUCCUUGUCUCACAACCGCCAUCAUCAGGAGUCCGCGCUGCCCUGCCUGGACCCGUCUCCUUCUGUCACACUCCUCUCCCUCUCCUCUCUUUCUGACUGCAACUCCACCAAGUCCUUGCUGCCUUCGGACCCAGACGAUCUGAUCCCAAGUCCGAGCAGCACUAUGCCCUGCCCAGCACCCGCUCUAAACCCCCUGCUGGACCUGCGAGCAGAGAGUUUCAAACGGGAGCCCAACCAGUCACUCACACCCACCCACGUCUCUGCCACCAUGGCUGUGAACCGCGGGCACCGACGCACACCAUCUGACGGUGCCAUCAGACCUCGUGCACAGACAGUGACAGGGCACCGACGCACGCCCUCAGACGGCAGCAUGCCGAUUCCUCCCAUCACACCCAAUAAUGCACCAAACACAGGUUCUCGUGACGCUCUAGAUAUCCCUCGUCUCCCGGAUCCAUCCACAAUCUUCCCCGCAGCGCAUCGGCGUAAAGCUCCUCCUUCUUCCGAAUCCCAGACCGGAACCCUCGAACGGCCCAAGACGUUGGAGUUCGCUCCCCGUCCCCGCCCCACCCCGGCCCGGGCGCGCCCAGACCCGUGGAAGUUGUCGUCACUGUCUCGGACGCUUAGUUCAUCUCCAGGGAGCAGCUGUGACAGUCCGCUAGGCUCUGGGGACAGCGGGGUCAGCGCAGGAGCCACCACUGGCCGCCCAACUCUGCUGGACAUAGACAUGGAGGGGCAGAGCCAGGACAGCACGGUGCCUCUAUGUGGGCAGCAUUCACAAGCCACAAUGUGUGAGCAGCACUUCUUAUAAAAUCCCAGGAUCCAUUAUAGGCCGCCUGGCCUCAUUUACAUGGCCAGCAUAUUCCCUAGACAGAAAAGGGGCCAUGAAAUUCCUAGCUCUGACCUGCAUAUCUCAUGGAGGCCAUUGUGGUUGGUGUCACUAUUAGAUACAGUAUCCCAGAAACCACGGCUCUCCCAUCUCAGUGAGUGUGAGAGAAGUACUCAACAACAACAACAACAACAACAAAAUCACCUGGAGCUCUAUGGAUUAUUUUUCAUAGCCACUGCAUUGAACCAUAGUUUCCGAGCUGCAGCACUUUUAUGAGCUCCAUAAAAGUAAAGGUCAAGUCCUACUGCUUGUAUCAUUCCCCCUAUAGAUUGUUCAAUAAAACUCUUUUUUUUUAAUAACCAGGUAAUAUGUAUGUGAUGAAAGCCAUUCCUUUGAUACUGUAUUUUCUGGACAAUAAGUAACUCAUGAUAUUAAGACAGACCUCCCUUAACUAUGAUGAAAAACAACAGUAUACAGUAUAUAUACUUUAUAUAAGUUUGCUAUUUGCAUCACAUUAAUAGAUAAGACAUUUUUAGUUUACAAAUAACUAUAUUCCCUCUAAAAUGGUGCAUACAAGUUACCCAUAUAUUUUAAUAGUCUGCUUUAGCUUUUGUCCCUUUAGUGUUCAGUAGUAGUUCAGUGAAAUCAUUAUAUAGCAGUGUUUUAUGCUGAAACCUUGUAGUACAAGGCCUCAGCCUACAUUCAAAAUACUGCAGCACACAGGAAUUAUACUGCAUAUAGUCCAAUAAUUGUGAAGCAAAGAAAAACAUUCCAGUCUGAUUUGAUAUGUUCACAUACUUUAGAAAAACAGGGGAAAAUAUUCUUCCUUGUUUUACAGUAGCUGUAAUGGCUGUGUGGGGGAUUAGCAUUUAGUUUUCCCAAUGUUAAGCUAAUAACUCGAGUAAAUUAGCCAUGCUUGGUGAUAUUUUACUUCAUAGUUUCUUCAUUUUGUUGUUUCACUUUUAUAUUGUCCAUUAUUUAUUCCCCCCCCCCCCCCUCCCCAUUUAAAAAAAAUAGAUAUUUUACGCAUUCAAUUGCUCCACGUCACGUCAAAAAGCACGAUACAGUGAAUCAAUGCGCCGUUUAAUCCAAAUCCUAAAUGUCUACUUUUUGGAAAAUGGGUAAUAUUUCACUCCGUCACUGAAGCAUCUAUGGUGUCAGCUUUUGUUGUUUGCACAUGGAUUGCUCAGAAAGCUUUUCCCGUGCUUAUUCACAAUUAUAAAUUGGCCAAGACAUGUUUAGGGGAGGAGUCUUGUGAAUGGUUUUAGUGACAUUAGAACACAAAUAUUCCCAGUUUGGUACUAUUAAACAGUUAAAAAGACCAAUUUACAAAGGUAUGACAAUUACCAUACAUGGCAACGUCCAAAAUAAAGUCACUAACAACUGGCUAUAUUACGAUUAGGCUACAAAAUGAUGAUUAGAGGAGAAAACUGUGGGUCACAUAGUCCAGAAAAUACGGUAGAUCUAAGCAUAUUUAUGUUUUUGAGGAGAAGACUGACCAUCUCAGGCUUUCUGCAGAACCUGAUCAGAAAGCAGGAGCUGUUUUAAUGUGAAGGCCUGGUUUGUCAGCAAAUCCUGAUGUACAGUACAUAUUGCCUGUGUGUAAGUAUGUAAGCAAGAGUGUGUGCAUGUGUCUUUCUGUGAGGAAGUGUCAUAGGAGUUAGAACGACUGAGAUCUGGUGUCAUCAGCUGUUUCCGGUUUAAAUGCACGCUCACUUCCAUUUUCCUCAGUAAACAGGAACAUUACGAGCCUGGAGAAAGGGAAUUACUGUUAUGGUCAAGCCGAGGGUCUCCGUCCAUUUGCAAUAAAAUACGAAACACACUGUACCGUAAUGUACUACCUGUACUCAAACGUACACGCUUAUUUACCUCUUCGAAUGAGACCGUGGAAGAUCUUUCUCCUUCUACACACUGAUCUGAGAUAAAGGAACUGCGAGAUGCAGUGUGUAGUGUUUUGGUUUAUUUUGAUGCUUUAUGAAAUGCCGCUGUAAUCAGAAACAGAGAGAAGGAUGCGUGAUGAAAUCAUUCUGUUCAGAACAAGGAACUGUGGACCUUUGUGUUUAAGAUGUUGAAUUGUACGAAGCCGGAAACACACUUUUAUGCUCGAAGGUUCAACCUGGUAAUUCGACAGUAUUUUUUUCAACUGUCCACCGGUUAGUGUGUAUGUGCGUGAAUGUGUGUGUGUGCGCAUGUGCGUGCGUGUGUUUGUGUGAUCUUAUUGUUAUAAUUUGUAUGGGGUGACUCAGUGGAGGGAUGACACACAAAGUCGUCCUUUAUUUCCUGUGUGAGAAGAACUAAGAGUAUUUAUUAAAAUUAUUGUUAUGAUUGAA